AUGGGGCUCCGUACCAAAUUGCGGGAGCGCUUCAAGAGGAAGAAGCCUAUUGCGUCUAAAUCAGCAUCGCCAUCUGCGCAUGCUGAGCGAUCGCGCAAUGCGCAGUCCACCUCUGGUUCGCUUUCUGUAGCGCAGCUCGACUCUUUCGAUGCCUUGAUUAAGAGCGUCCGUCAUAACAGUCAGCAGGAUGGUCAAGUCAAUAUUCCCUCCGCUUUCCCUCACAAUACACCCUCUUCCUUCUCGAAAGCGACUUCCGUCAUCGCCAACGUUGAGCGACCUCUGUUGAGCGAAGUAGCUGUACCUUCGUCUCGUGCAGCUCUGGGUAGUGCUACGCGUCCAUCGCUUCGCGUCGCCAUUCUUGUGAUGGUUUUUCUACACCGCGUCACUUCUUCCAUCGCAAAGGACGAUCACGGCAGCAUUGUCACGAAAACUUCUACCUCCACGCCUAGCUCCACCGGCUCAACCACAACCCCUUCUUCUUCUUCUUCUUCUCCCGAAACACCGUGCCCCAUCAAGCGGUCAUCUUCGUGGCCGACUCCGCCAACUGUCGCGACGUUCACCGGCAGCGUAACUUCUGUCGACACUGGCUCUCUUGGCCCCAUCCGCUUUACUCUAGCCGAUACCUAUGAUGAGAAGGUAUCAACAGCUACUGUACAAGAAAAGGUUGUAUCCACCGACCCCAAUGUGGUGGAAAGCUAUACGAAGCCUUGGGCCGUUGAUGAGCCUGGUACCAGUGAAGACAAGAUAUCGACCGCGACUGUAUCGGAGACAACUGUACCCUCUGAGGUCGAUAUCGUCGACAUGUAUUCUGAGCCCUGGGGCUUUGAGCCAGACGAUACGGUUUCUUCCUCUGAGUUCUCCGACAACAACAUCUCGAACAAUAGCGUUCUUCCGGGUACGGAGGGCUCCCCCAUCCUCGUACAAGAUAUGACGCUCGUGGUGCGCGCUGCGAGGCGUUGCAAGAAUCGGACGAAGCGUAUUCGUUCUUCAGCAAAAAGACAGAUCACAAAGACCGAACAAGAAAAGUUUGCCGAUGUUGCAUCCCUGAUGCGUAGGUGGAAUAAAUCCACGGAGGCCUUGAAGGAGCAGCUCAGGGACGUGCGAGAGAAAUCCGCGGCGACCAAAGAAAAAGAUGGACUUCCAUCGGGGCUACGCUGCCAACACUCGUGA